UCCGCGCGGCAAACGGAGAUCGAGCGGAUGGAGGCGGACAUCCGCAAGCUCUCGAAGCGCCAGUCCGGCGAGGACUCGGACGAGGAGCGGCGGCGCAAGAAGGGGAAGAGCAAGUCGUAUCUCGAGGAGGAGCUCGCGAAGUACGCGAAGAACCGGGGUGUCGGGAAGAAGGGGAGGAAGAACGACGAUGCGAAUGUGCUUGCUGCGCUGAACAGUUUUAGGGGGAUGUUGCAGGCGAGCGCGUCAUCGUGGCGGGAUGCGGAGGACGAUGAAGAAGGCGCGGGGAUGGACGUGGACGACGCACAGCCGAAGGAGGGUGGGGGAGAGGAGGACGCGGGGGUGGAGGUGGACGACGAUCGCGGGUUUUUGAAUCAUGCGCUGCAUUUUGCAAAGGACGAUGGGGAGGAGACGAGGAAGGCGGAGCGGGACUAUGAGGUGAUUGAUCCGCGGCAGAGG